GCACUCACAUUCACGGCAUCUUCCCGUUCUUCUACAUUCAGGUGAACUUGGCCCAGAUAGAGGAGAUCGGCCAGGAGCAUGGGCGCGAGGGGUUCCUACGAACCUUCGCCGAUGGCCUCGAGCACGCAAUGUGUCUGCACCAGACCAGCCUGGUUGCUCAACGUGCCAAUUUCGCCGCUUGGGGUACACGAGAAAGAUCGUAUUUGUACGACCUGCGGUGGGUGACUGGCUGGCAGUCUGUGUACGGAUAUAGUAGCGGACACGGCAGAGGCGAGGACGCGGACGAGUUCUUUAUCCAAAUCUGGGCCUCGCAACCUCAGUACGUGGGACUGAUGGCGCAUCUCUUGCAGCAGGGCGCCGUGCUGUCCACAUCUUUUCAACCCUUCGAGGUGCACUUGCCAUACCUGCUGCACUUCCUGGACUCAUUUGGACUUGGUGGCAUGAGGGAACUUGUUGUCGAUCCUACACGAAUCGCCUUGCGUGGUGAACUUCCCGAGCAAGCCUUGUCGACUUUUCCUUGGCAUCCUCUGUGGGUUUCCAAGUUGGGCUCUGGCGCACGAGAACGAUUGCUUAGAAGGCGCUUGGAGCGCCCCUGGUGGUGCGACCGAGCCGCCUCUAAGCGCAGGCCCAAGUCUGUGCACCCGCGUGCAACCACCUGUGAGGUGGAAGUGGACUGCAGUGCGACGGACAUUCUGCCUCCUCUCUCGUCUACAGCCAGUGAGAUGCCAAGCUGCGAAGCCCAAGAAGCUUCCGUUCGAGACCUUACACGUGGAUGGAUUUGCGAGACGCUACGAGAGCUGUGGAGGGACGAGGAACGCCGCUGCACAGUGCUGGCGCAGCCCGUUCCAUGGGACCCGGCUCCGCGCCAGCCCGGAGUGCCGGGACCGGGCACAGCAGGCCAAAGGCACGCCGCAGCUCGAACCAUCGGAGAGUCUGUGUCACCGGGACGUGGAAGCGAGGCUGCCUGCUUUGGUUCCGUUAUGCUCAAUCUUUGGCAGGCCGACACCAAGUGCAAGGUCUCGCCUAAGUUUGUGAGGGCAUUGGAGACCUUGGAGGCCCUGACCUCGAACUCAUGGAAGAUAUCAAAGGCUGCCUUUGUAUCUGACAAGGUGGCGCUUUCACAGCAAGUGCAGGCUACUCAGGAUUGCUUCUGUCCAGUUCCUGGUUUUCGUAGCCGAUCUGUCGGUGAUCUUGUGCGUGUUCUCGUGGUCUUUGUUCCAAGGGAUCCGCCGGCGGAUGAAGCCACGACGGCCCUGCUGGAUCAGGGUGACAAAGUCGCACCAUGCUAUCAGCACAGUGAUCCGCAGGACGGCCGGAACAUUUGCAGUCGCCAAGCUUGCCUGCAGAGCCUUACGCGCUUGCCAGCCGAUGCUGACGACGACACGGCUACCGAGCCUGAGACGGACUGUGGCACCACAGAGUUGGACGAAGAUCAGGAGGCCGAAGCGUUGGAUGCUGAGCUGGCGGCGGCGGAGUCGACGGAGUGUGCUCCGACACAGCUGGACUCGGCGACGCAGGCAACACCACCGACGCCAGCUCCGCCAAAGCCGCUAUGCCAGGCUUCAGAUACUGCACCUCUCUUCGGCACCCUGCUGACCAUCGAGGUCCUAGAGCUUCCAAGAGGCGGCACUGCACAGCCGUUUCAGAGCGAUGCUAUCGGUGCCGUGGCUUUCUGCAUCCGUGACGAGCGGGUUCGGAGUCUGCUUCUGGAAGAUGGAGAAGACUACCAGGACGGCCUUGGCCUGAUCUGCAUCGAGGGCUCAGAGACUCUGAAGAUUGAUUCCGCUGUCGUGGUGAAGGAGGUUGCUUCGGAGGUUGACAUCUUCGGCGCACUGACAGACGUUUUCCGGGAAACAGAUCCAGCUGUCGUGAUGGGAUAUGACGUCGUAAAAGGAUCCCUUGGACGACUAAUUUCCCGUGCCCAGACAUUGGGCCUGAGAGGUUUCUCGCAAGACCUGGCACGUGCAGCAGCCAAUUCAAGGUCUGGUGGUCAACAGGAGGCUGCGGCAAUGUCCAGCCAGGUUGCAGAUACUCACGGCAGCCCCGAGCAAACAGGUGCACCUCGCAAACUGUACCCCCCGGAGCAGAUGAGUGGAGGCCUUGAGUUGCCUGGCCGGUUGGUUCUCAACGUUUGGCGGGUGCUGCGAGCUGAGGCCAAGCUGCCAACGAGCUCUUUGCACACUGCCGCGGAAGUGCUUCUUGGAGAGACCCUGCCAUUGCUGCCGUCAGAAGCUUUGGUCGCAAGCCCAGAUGAGAUUGCCACAGCACCCAAAAGGAAACGUUGGUUGUGCUGGCAGACAACAGGGCAUUAUUCACAAAGCAAGCCCAGAUGGGUUUGGGAUGGCGUCCUCUAA